AUGGUGUCCUCGAUAGUCCCCCCAAAGAUCGCAUCGCCCAACGCCAUUGGCGGUGCCGCCGACGCAGCGCGUAUGCAGAAUGUCGUCAGCUUCUACGRGAAACUCCCUCGCGGCUCGGCUCCAGCACCAAAGACUGGCGGUCCGAUCACCUGGUACAAGAACAAAUACUUCAACGGAAGAGGCUCGCCAAUGCCUCUCGUUCACAUUAUCGGUGGACUCAUGUUGAUUGGAUACGCUCAGAACUACUAUUUCCAUCUCCGCCACCACAAGAACAACGCUCACUAA